UGCACACACACGCGGAGCGCCCGAGACCAAAGUGCUGAACCAGCGUCGGUCUACUCGCUGUCCGCGUCGUCCGCAAUUAGUUCGGCAGUCCACACCGCGCUCAGUCAGUCGACGGCACGCCACUAGUGCGAUCGUCCGAAUUUUCAUAUUUAUUUUUUUUUCGCAACGACACGUAUCUCACACCCGCGUCGUUGCGUUACCGCGCCAGUAGUAUAUAUUGGUACUAUUACACCCGUUAGAAUUAAAAUAUUUAUUUUAUUUAAAUCGCGUCGCUGACAACAUAUUAUAAUAUCGUCGCGUUUGCCUAUAUAUACGCCUAUAACAAUAUUAUACGCACUAUAUACAUACAGUGUUCGUCGUAUGGUCGCGGGUUUGUACUUAUAUAUAGUCGUACGUCUCCGCCGCGAUUCGUGUGCCCACAGAUGAGUUUCCGGUGACGUUCGUGCCCACGCGUUCGCGGUGCAGAUAAUAAUUUACUCGGGCGGCCACCACUCGAGUCCACCGCGAUGGCCGUGCUGGCCGGAGGCCGCGACAACGUGGUGUCCAUAUCGGCGGCCGAGUCGCUGAAAAUGUUUUCGCUGUCCGUGGUCUGGGGCUCGUGGGUCGUCGUCAAGAACGCGGUCGCUCUGGCCGUCCGCCCGCUGUGGUCCACCGGCGGCGGCGGCCACGGAAACCGCAAACGCGCGGCCGCCGACGGCGGCGUUGUCAGAGACCGGCCGCCACCUUGUCUGUUCAACGCGGUUUACGGUACUCACUCGUACGUCAAAGUCAAGGGUGUCAAAUUGCAUUAUGUUGAAUGUGGUGACCCUAAAGGCACAAUUGUCCUUUUGCUGCACGGAUUCCCAUCUUGUUGGAUCAGUUGGCAUCAUCAAAUACCUACUUUGUCAAAACAUUUUCGUGUGAUUGCUGUAGACCUAAAAGGUUUUGGCGACUCUGAUAAACCGUCAGCACGUAAAAGUUAUCGAGUGGAAAAUCUGGUCAAUGAGCUAGCAGUGUUUUUGUCAAUGCUAGGAGUGGACGACAAUAAUAAAUGCCACGUGAUUGGUCACGACUUGGGCGCUCUACUGGGUUGGUAUUUGGUGCAUCUGUGGCCAAACUGUGUCUCAAAAUUUGUAGCCAUUUCAUGUCCACAUCCCAAUGUCCACUGGGAGUACUUACCUCCGUCAAGUUUCUUUAAUAAAAAUUGGAUUUGCUUCAGUCAACUUCCUUAUUUGCCAGAAAUGGACGCUUUGCAAAAUGAUCUCAAAAUAAUAAAUCAGUGUUAUCAACACCUAUCUAAAACUAAGCAAAGCGACGACUUAUCCUACAUUGAUGCAUAUAAAUAUACAUUUUCAAGAACAGAGGAUUGGACUGGUGCAAUAAACUAUUUCAGAAACUUACCGUUCUACAGAAUUGAGCCUCGGAAUAGCAAUGAUUCUUUAAAUAAAGAAGAAGACAUGCUACAAGUUCCGUGUCUGCUCAUCACUGGUAGUAAAGACGUAAGUGUACAAAUACAGAGUUUUAUCAAGUCCACAGAGUUUCUUAAAACAUCUACUGUGAGAAUAAUUGACAACGCAUCGCACUUUCCUCAUCAAGAGCAACCUAAAGCAGUCAAUGAUUUAUUGACAUGGUAUUUAGUUCAAAAAGUUCAAAAAGAGCUCCGACCACAGAACUCUGGUGGUUUAGUUGGACGAAUGAAAGAUAUCGUUACGUCUACAGUUCAGUAUGGAAAUACGUUGAAAGAUUCAAUGCAAAGAAACAUUUUACCAAUCACGGCCAACACAUCCUAGCAGAACUAAUGUUAUUCAUUCUUAAAAACAAUAUAUGAAAAAUGUUAUCAUCUACAGACUGUAACAAGUUGUUAAUAAUAAUAUUGCUUAAUUUUAAGAUAAUCUUAAUAAAUUUGCUAAAUUAAAGGUGCAGUGAACACGUGUAUCCAUCUAUGUAUACGAUCGUUCACAUCACGUGUACCUAGGAAGUUAAUUAUAUAUAGUUUUAUCUACGUUGUUAUUAUUGUGAAUUAUUAUAAUAAGGUAAAUAUAAAUUAAUAAAAGCUAUAACAUAAUCGUAUGUGACCCAAUUGAGCUUUAAAAGUGUAUAAUCUCGAUAUCUUAUACAUAGUCCAUAGUACGACGUGCGUAUGAACAAUUGUUUUAAAAGUUCACUUUGGAAAAAAACCGAACAAACUUCUUUGUUAAUGAAGCUAUUUAUAAAUAGAUAUGUUUUUAAAUUGAAA